AUGGAUGGAAAACGCUCCCACUCCAACCUUUACAAUCGCCUUGUCACGGUGGCGGUUGCCUUUGGCUCCUUGACUUAUGGCUACUGCUCUGCGGUCAUUGGAAGCACUAUCGGACAGCCUGGCUGGUAUGAUUUUUUCAAUCUGUCCACAGAGGGUCCGGGAUAUGCAACCACCACCACUAAUACUAUCGCUACUGCAAAUGGUUUGUACAGUGCCGGCGGUGCUGUGGGAUCCCUUUGGAUCAUGUGGGCUGCGACUGCACUUGGUCGAAAGCGCAACAUCCAGCUCGGUGCUUUGUUGGCAGUCUUGGGUGGUGCUCUUCAAGGUGGCGCUGCGAACAUCGGGAUGUUCCAGGCAGGCAGGUUCAUAUCCGGCCUAGCCAUAGGAAAUCUGGUUACGAUAUGUCCAAUGUACAUGGCUGAGCUCGCACCACCUGAGAAGCGUGGCUGGCUUGUGGGUCAUCAUGCUAUAUUCUUGGUGUUCGGGUACAUGUUAUCGGGCUGGCUGGGAUAUGCCACCUAUUUUGCCACUGCAAGCAAUCCAUCGUUUGCAUGGCGUUUUCCCCUUUGCAUGCAAUGCCUCUCCCCUCUCAUUCUCUUCGUAACAUCUUUCUUCAUCCCGCGGUCACCCAGGUGGCUCCUCCAGAAGGGAAAGACAGAGGAGGCCUGGGAAACUCUCCUACGGCUCAGGAAAUCUCCACACGACCCAGAUAAUCUAGUCGCCAAAGAGGAAUUAUAUCAGACAAAAGAACAACUAGCUUUAGACGCGGCCAAACUCCGAAAGCUCAACACAACCCCAUGGAAAGCUGUCUUGAAAAUCAAGAGCUAUCGAAAGCGUAUGAUAAUCGGCUUCCUUACCCAAUGGGGCGCCGAAUUUUCAGGACCCUUGGUUAUUAACAAUUACUCCGUCCUUCUCUAUACGAAUCUUGGACAGACCGGCUCAAUGCCUCUUCUUCUCUCCGCACUUUGGUUGACAACUGCAGGCGUUAUCUACAACCCGCUCGGAGCCUGGCUUCAUGAUCGCGUCAACUCACGUCGCUGGAUGUUCAUGGUGGGCACUUUCGGGUGCCUUAUUACCACCAGCGGUCUGGCGGGCUGCAUUGCCCAAUACUCCGGCACAACCAACGAGGCCGGUAAUGCCGCCGGUGUCUUCUUUGUUUUUCUAUACCUGGCUUUCCAAGGCACUGGUUGUGACACCACCAUGUAUCUUUACGUUUCUGAAAUCUUCCCCACAGAAAUCCGACCGAUUGGAAUGGGAUUUUCAUUAUUCGGACAAUUCGCAUCCACGAUUAUUCUCCUCCAAACAGCACCGAUUGGCAUGGUGGCCAUUGGAUGGAAGUACUAUCUUGUCAUCAUCUGCUGGUGCAUCGUAUUCCUGCCAAUGAUAUACUUCUUCUGGCCUGAGACUGCUCGUUUGUCUUUGGAAGAAAUCUCAGCAAAAUUUGGCGACGAUGUUGCUGUCCACGUCCAUGAUGUCUCCGACGAACAACGAAGGGAGCUUGAUGAGUUCCUUAGAGCCACUGAUGUUGCUCACACUGAGACUUCUGGCCUCAAUCAGUCGAACGAGAAGGCUGUCACGAGCGUGGAAAAAGUCGCCUAG